AUGGGACUUGCAGAAGACGCUGAACGAUUGUACGAAGGAUUGAAGACUGCCGGAGUGAUUGGAAACAACAACAACCAAGGUUCCAAUCAGGGCUACGAUAACAAUGGCCAAAACCAAGGGCAUGGUGGCUUGAUGGAGAUGGCUAGCGAGUACUUGACCCACGGCCAGGGACAGAACCAGGGCAACCAGGGAUAUGGCGGUGGCAAUCAGGGCUACGAUAACCAGGGCUACGAUAACCAGGGCUACGGCAGCAACAAUGGAGGCUAUGGCCAGAACAACGAUGGCUAUAGUGGUCAAGGUCAAGCCUCAGGCAAGCAAGGUGGAAUGGGUGGAUUGUUGAAUAUGGCCAUGCACAAAUACGAAGAGUAUAGCCAGGGCAAGAACCACCAAGGUCAAGGCCAACCUAGCACCGAGGCUGGAAACUUUGGACGCAACGACGGCCGUACUGAUGGCGGCGACUUUGGUUACGGUCGCAACGAAGGCCGUACCGACGGCGGUGACUUUGGGUCUGGUCGCCACGAGGGCCGCCACGAGGGCCGUCACGAGGGCCGCAAUGAUAGCGGCAACUUUGGCGGUGAUUCCGGCUACGGAAACGAUGGCCGCAACAAUCGCAAUGACGGUGGUAAUUUCGGUUACGGGAACGACGGUCGAAGCAAUCGCAACGAUGGCGGUGAUUUCGGUUACGGAAACGAUGGCCGAAGCAACCGCAAUGACGGCGGCAACUUUGGCUACGGAAACAACAGCCAAGGCAACCGCAAUGACGGCGGCAACUUUGGUUAUGGAAACGAUGGCCGAAGCGAUCGCAAUGAUGGCGGCAACUUUGGCUACGGAAACGAUAACCGAGGCGGCAAUCGCAACGACGGCGGCAGCUGUGGCUAUGGAGAUGAUAACCGUAGUGGGGGCAAUUUCGGCCGCGAUGAUCAAAAUAGUGGCUAUGGAAAUGACAACUAUGGUCGCAAUGAUAACUCUGGCUAUGGCCAGAACAACAAUGACGGCUACGGCCAGGGCGGUGGCUACAAUUCAGGAUACUAA